UCGGCCUUCCACGGCUCCUUCACCCAGCUCCUUGUCGGCGCCAUGGGCUCCCCAGCCGCACCCCCUUCCCCUCCCUCACCGUUCGCCGUGCCACCGGGGCUCAGCCCCACCGCUCUCGUCGGCCCCUUCCCCCCUACGGAGCGAUAGACGAGUCAGACGGUUCGGACUGGCACCAGGCGUAGGGGGCUCUGGUACAUGGACCAGGAGGUGCAGCCGGACUUGGUGUGUGCUGCGACCAUGGAGGACAAGGAGAAGGAGGCGAUGAUCCAUCACUGUAGGAUGGGCCAUGUAUCUUUUGAUAAGAUGAGUAGAAUCUUUCCGGAUGUUAUGUGUGGGAUAGGCAAGGGCAAGUUGACAUGUGAUGCUUGCGAAUAUGCCAAACACACACAAGCCUCAUAUGUGAGUAAGGGGCUUAGGAGCAUAUCUCCUUUUAUGCUUAUUCAUUCGGAUGUAUGGAAGAGCCCAGUUGUAUCAAUGAAUGGAAUGAAAUACUUUGUUACAUUCAUCGAUUGUUAUUCUCGUAUGACUUGGAUUUAUUUGACGUGUCACAAAGAUGAGGCGUUUAGCUGUUUUCAGAAUUUCCAUGCCUUGGUGAAGAAUCAGUUUCAGGUGCAGGUGAUCAGGACUGACAAUGGGACAGAAUAUGUGAACAACACAUUUGGGGCUUACUUGUCUGAUCAAGGUAUUCUUCAUCAAACUUCAUGCCCAGACACCCCUCCUCAGAAUGGAGUGGCAGAAAGGAAAAAUCGGCAUAUUCUUGAGGUUGCCCGGUCAUUGAUGUUUACGAUGAAUGUGCCCAAAUUCUUGUGGAGUGAAGCAGUUAUGACAGCCACAUACUUGAUCAACAGGACACCAUCAAGAAUACUAAGCAUGAAAUCUCCGUGUGAGCUAGUAUAUGGAGAAACUAAGUUUGUUGUUCCCCCAAAGUUGUUUGGCAGUACUUGUUUUGUUCGAGAUCACCGUCCUUUGUUGGAAAACUUGAUCUGCGGGCAGUGAAGUGUAUUUUUCUGGGCUAUUCUUCUAGUCAGCAGGGAUAUAAAUGUUGGUGUCCCUCAGAGAAACGCAGGUUUGUCAGUAUGGACGUAACCUUCAGGGAGUCUGAGCCAUUCUAUGGUGAGCCAACAGAUCUAAGUGUGUUGUUUCAAGAGCUUGACCAUUUACACUCUGUGCAAGAUGGUCAAGAGGGGGAGAAAGCUGUAUCUCGCACUCACGCGGAUUCUGUGGGCACUAACAUUGAUGAUGAUGAUGUGCAGGUUCAAGUCCAGCCAAUUGUGGGUACAAUUUCGGUUGGUACUCUCACUGAUGGUGAUGUGCAGGUACGGGUCCAACCAACAGUGGGUCCCAUUUAGAUUGGUAAUCUCCAGCUCCUUGUUCGAGAUCGGUGGCAGAAGAUCCCCCUAGUGUACUCUCGACGAGAGCCACAAGUGCCACAGGUGCAUGACUCAUCUGACACUCGUCUGGUAUAUUCUCGGCGGCAGCCACUUGUGCAGGAGGGGGAGCAACAAGUGCAGGGGGAGCAGCAAGGCAGUGGUGCAAGCUCAUCUGACACAAUGGAGCUACCUAUUGCGUUGCGAAAGGGGACACGUGAAGCGGCUCAGAAGGCUUUACCACUGGAGGUUUUGGAUGAUCAUGACAUUGGAAAUUUUGUGUCUUAUGAAGCUUUGUCUCCUUCCUAUAGAGUGUUUGUUGCCUCUCUUCAAACUGUGUCAAUCCCAAAGGAUUGGAAGGCUGCAAAGCAAGAUCCGAAGUGGCAUGAAGCAAUGAUAGAAGAGUUGGAAGCACUGAGGAAAAACAAGACGUGGGUGCUAACCACAUUGCCGGCAGGAAAGAAAGCAGUGAGUUGUAAGUGGAUCUAUACAGUGAAGCAGAAUCCUGAGGGGAAGGUGGAACGGUAUAAGGCCAGAUUGGUCGCCAGAGGAUAUAGUCAAACUCAUGGAAUUGACUAUGACGAGACGUUUGCUCCAGUGGCAAAGAUGAACACAGUAAGGAUAUUGGUUUCCUGUGCUGCAAACUUUGGGUGGAAAUUGCAUCAAUUAGAUGUCAAGAAUGCCUUCUUGCAUGGUGAGUUGCAGGAAGAAGUGUACAUGGAGAUACCACCAGGUUUUGGUACUUCACAGACCACGGGGAAGGUAUGCAGGCUGAAGAAAUCCUUGUAUGGACUGAAGCAAUCGCCGAGGGCUUGGUUCGAUAGGUUCAGACGUGCUGUCCGUGCUAUGGGGUAUGGUCAAUGUAAUGGUGACCACACGGUGUUCUACAGACACUCACUCUCUAAUCGAAAGAUCACCAUUCUUGCAGUUUAUGUGGACGACAUUAUCAUCACCGGAGAUGAUGAUGAGGAAAUAAAGAGAUUGAAGGGGUGUCUGAGCAAUGAGUUUGAGGUGAAGGAUUUGGGCAACCUAAAAUACUUCCUUGGGAUUGAAGUGGCCCGGACAGAGAAGGGAAUAUUUUUGUGCCAAAGGAAAUACACCUUGGAUCUCUUGAGUGACAUGGGCAUGAUGGGAUGCCGUGCAGCCCCUACGCCGAUUGAACAAAAUCAUCAAGUGACAGCUCAGUCAGGCGAGCUGGUGAAUAAGGAAGAUUAUCAGAAACUGGUUGGGAGGUUAUUGUACUUGUGUCAUACCAGGCCUGACAUUACGUAUGCCGUGGGUGUGGUGAGCAGAUACAUGCAUGAACCAAGGAGUGGGCAUCUUGAUAUUGUGCACAGAAUUCUGAGAUACUUGAAGGGGACUCCAGGUAAAGGGUUGUGGUUUGCGAAGAGUGGACAUCUUGAGGUGGAUGGCUAUAGUGACUCUGAUUGGGCCAGUUGUCAAGAUGAUAGAAGAUCAACUUCUGGCUACUGUGUGUUUGUGGGAGGAAACUUGGUGUCGUGGAGAAGCAAGAAACAACCUGUUGUGUCUAGAUCAACAGCAGAAGCCGAGUAUAGAGCUUUAUCUCAAGGGUUAUGUGAGAUGCUCUGGGUGAAGUACCUACUAAGCGAGUUGAAACUUCUGAGGAAGGGACCCUUGAAGGUGUGGUGUGACAAUCAGUCAGCUAUAGCCAUUGCUAAUAACCCAGUUCAGCAUGAUAGGACAAAACAUGUGGAAAUUGAUCGCUUCUUCAUUAAGGAGAAACUUGAUGCUGGUAUCAUCAGUCUUACUCAUGUCAGCUCUGGGCAGCAGUUUGCAGAUUGCUUGACAAAGGGACUGGGAACGAAGGACUGUAACUUGGCAUGUGACAAGAUGGGGAUGAUAGAUAUCUACCACCCAUCUUGAGGGGGAGUGUUGAACCGGUAUGGGCCCAAGCCCAUCAAGCCUUGUCACUUGGGGCCCAAGCCCAUGAGGAGGUACUGACCUAGAAGGAGGCAUCCAGUCCUCCCGUUCUCAGGGGAGCCGCCACACACAUACGGAACAGCCAAAAAACAAGGUGAGCCUGCGACUCAACACUUCUAAAGGUUAGUUUAAGUAUAUCGCCAUUCCAGACUUGCUGGAUGGUGUUGCAUUGCUCUCUGCAGAUGCAGUACAGGUCCCAGAAUUGGAUCAUAAGGGGAGAUGUGCCAAACCAGGAGUCUUCCUUGAAUCUAAUCUUAGCCCCAUCUCCAACUACCCAUCUAUACCCCAUUUUAACAGCUUUGGCUGCCCACAUAACACCUUUCGAGAAUUGGGAGGUCCCUAAGGUUUUCCCACAAAAAAUAUUAGGGGCAGUUUUGAGAUAUUUCGAAUCAACGAAGUUUUUCCAGAUUUUCCCCUCGCGUGCCAUGUAUCUUUUAACCCAAGAGGUUGGGAAUCCCUAAUCCCCCAAACUCCUGUUUCAUGCAUACCAUUUGCCAAUUGGCUAGGUGGAUUUUCCUAUGUCCUUCAUAGUCAUUCCAGAGGCAGUUUGCCAUUUGGGAAUUGAUCAUGUCAAUAGCCCAUUUGGGGAAUUUAAAGAAGGAUAAAAGGUAGAUAGGUAUGCUAGCUAAACAGGUUUUAAUGAGGGUUAGUCUCCCUUUGUAGGAUAGGAGCUUCCCUCUCCAUCCUGCUAUUCUCUUAAGGAUCUUGUCUAGCAAGGGUUGAAGAUCCUCCCUAGACAGUUUUUCUACAUGCCGAGGAACACCUAGAUAUUUAAUGGGAAAUUUCCCAACAGGGCACCCUAGAAUGUCACCCAAGCUGGUGAUUCCUCAGGGUCAAGGUUUAGAGGGAUCAUUUCACUUUUAUUAAAGUUGAUCCUCAUCCCUAGACAGUUUUUCUACAUGCCGAGGAACACCUAGAUAUUUAAUGGGAAAUUUCCCAACAGGGCACCCUAGAAUGUCACCCAAGCUGGUGAUUCCUCAGGGUCAAGGUUUAGAGGGAUCAUUUCACUUUUAUUAAAGUUGAUCCUCAUCCCUGACACCUGCUCAAAACAAGUAAGUAAGGACCCAUUUCAAAUUGGUGGCCAUCUGCAAGUCACUAUCAACAAAACAUGAUUGUAUCAUUUGCUUAUUGAAGGCUAAUCAUACCUCCUGGCCAGACAUCAUAGCAGAGCCUUUUGAUUAGAUCAGCAUCAGAGGCUUUAGAGAGCAUUUUAGUUAGCACAUAUCCUACUAGAUUGAAGAGUAGGGGGGACAGGGGGUCUCCUUGCCUCAGUCCUUUCCCUGUAGUAAAGAGCAAUGCUCUCUAGGUUAUUAAGCUUCACACCCAUCGACCCCCACGAGUGAUCUUGUGAAUCCAACUAACCCAUUUACUACUGAAACUGAUAGAGGCAAAGGUGUCCCGUCUUCUGAUGAGAAGGUGAUUAUCGUUUUGGAGGAGAAGACUUUCCGACUACGAACGUGCGAGGACAUCGCGCCUUAGCAAUCGCUAAACCAACUUCGAGAGGUUAUUGACCACGCCGGAGCA